AAAAAAAGAUUGAAAAAUUAGAAGAACAAAUAGAGAAAAUUGAAAAGAAGCAUAAUGGAGCUAAGGAGUACAUACAAGAGCAAAGAAAAAAAUUACAAGAACUAUAUGAAGAAAACAAAGAAUUAAUAAAAAAGGUAGAAGAAUUAUUAGAAUUCAAAAAAGGAAUUGAUAAAAUAAUACUUGACUUAGAAAUUGACAAACAAAUGGAUAAAAUUUGGAGAGAUAGAUUUGAAGAACAUCAAAAAUUAGUACAAACUGAAGAACAACUUGAGGAAGAAAUUAAUAGGGAAGAACAG